AUGACGAGUAAUAAACGUGCUCGUUCCUCAAAAGCUUGUUCUACAAAAGUCAAGAAAGAGAAGUCCGGCGAUCCUGUGCCUAUCAAAGACGAGCCAGUUGGAAAUUGUGUCUGUACCCGAAUGGAUUUGAGAAGGAAAAUGGGAAAGGACACAUCUCUCUAUACUUGGCAAUAUCGGAGACAGAUACAUUACCUCUUGGUUGGGAGGUUAAUGUCAAACUUGACUUGUUUGUCUAUGAUCAUGUCCAAGACAAGUACCUUACCAUCCAAUGUAACAUUUCUCAAAAUGCACAUUCUUUACUUGUAG